AUGAGUGGCUUCGAGGUCGUAGGUGUAGUGCUAGGCGCAAUACCUUUGCUAAUAUCGGCCAUUGAGAAGUAUAAAGCCACUAGUCGAACACUGAAGUUUUAUCAACAGAAGGAAACACUUGUGGAGGAGUUGAUUCGAAGUCUCAAAGAACAGGAGUUCUUCAUUAAAGCCGACUUUUCUUUGACUCUGAAAGCGACUUCGAUCGACCAAGAAGAAAUUGAAAACCUACUCAAGAAUCCGACUCCCACGGUUUUUAAUAACCCAGAGCUCUCAGAUGAGAUCAGGGAUUUCCUUGGGGAUGGGUUCGAUCCUUAUAUGACAGAGCUAGCCCGGUGUCAAGGAAAUUUGAUGAAAAUAGCUCAGAGGCUUGUUGGUUUGGCCUCGAAUGAUCAACUGAGUUUAUUGUCCCUUGUUCAGAUCUACCCUCAGAGAAGCGGGCGUUACGAGUUUUCUAGAAAAAUAAAGUUCAGUAUCGCCAAGGAUGAUUUGGAGCGUCAAAUCAAUGAGCUGGAUCUCAAUACAUCAAAACUCGAGCGAAUUCGACGAUACAAGUCACAUCUCGAACCAACCUUCCCGUCGGGCUCACGAACGGUCUCAAAGAUAACCUCAUUUUUCGACAUGGUCGCCAAGCAUGCAUAUCAUCUUUAUUCCGCCAUUUCCAUUGGUUAUACAGAAAAUUGUCACACAGAGGGCCAUGAAGCGCAAUUUUUCAUUCAGCAUAGAGCAGAUUCAAUGAAAAGACCGAAAUCGGUCAAAAAGAUACCGUUGGCAUUUAUGGUAGGCUUUGGACCUGCUAAGCCAAGGUUAUGCUACAAGGCGGAGAUCAAAGUACUAGAAGAGAUGCAAUCGUACUGCUUGGAUAGUUCAAGCGAUCAAAAUAGCACCUCUGCAAGCCAAGCCCACCCGUCUGCUAUGCCUAUUCCAGCCAAUUUGAAAAGAAGUGAAAAGUCCAAAGUUUCUUUUCAGUCUACAGACAACCGUCAGGAUCCAGGACCGCAGCUCAGACUUAUUCACGAUUUAUGUCAACAUUCCACCGGCCUGAGUUUCGAAGAACUUUUCCUGUCCAAAGGAGGCCUUCUCUGUCAUUCUUCUCCACCGGCAAUCUCAUCAAUGAACGUGAAUACUGCCGAAAUAAUUCCACUCGAUUUCGCUUUGCAGGCAGGAAAUCUAUCAUUGAACCAGCGGAUGACUUUAAGCCUGAGCGUGGCUUCAUCUGUGAUGCAGCUCAAUUCCACGCCAUGGCUUGACUUACCUUUGAAUAUCAAUAUGGUUUUUCUGGUUUCAAACGGCUCUAUGACACCCGCUAUGCCACUUCAGCCUUUGAUAAAACACAACUUCAUAUUUGCUACAAUGCAAAAGCCGCAUUGCAGCGUUCGGCGCACGAUGCUAGAAUUAGGCAUACUUUUACUCGAACUGUGGAACCAGCAGACCUUUGCCUCUUUUAUUGCCGAUGCCAAAAUCUCUGCUUCCCAUACCGUUGGAUGCCGAUAUGAUGCUGCAUGCCAAUGGGCAGAUGAGAGUAUUGACCACAUCAUGCCAUUUCACCAUAAGGUGAUCAAAAGAUGUGUCGAAUGCAACUUUGCGACGAAUCCUGGAGGCCCUGUAGAAAUUGACUGGAAUGAUACAACAUUUCGAAAGUCUGUGUGUGAGCAUGUGUUGCAGCCUUUGUGGGAAGAGUGUAGAUUUAUCUGA